AUGUCGCAACAUAAAAUUGUAUCUCCUCAUACUCGUGUUAAAGAAUAUCCUGAAUACCUUCGUGUGGAUAAUAAUGCAUUUUUUUGCAAAUUUUGCAAUGUGCCAUUAGAAUGGAAGUGCAAGUCAACAACUCAAAAUGAACCUGUUUUUCCUUUGGUAUAUAAUCAUCUAGAACAACUAUUGGCUUACCUUCAAUCUAACCGUAAUUCUAAUUCCUUUUCUGAGGAAUUAGAUAAUACAAUUCGUCAACAAAAGG